AUGUCGUCGACCACCACCCGCACCCUCGCCACCUUUGCAGAGGGCGCUAUCGUCCAACUCACCGACCAUGCCGACUUGAUCGACCACCACGCCGCCCACUCGCAACCCAGCCCGUCCUCGUCGGCUUCCCCCAACGACCUCGCCUGGCACUCACCCGCCCCCGCUCACGGCGUCCCUGGCGGCGGAUCCUCUCGCGACUGGAUCGCCCCCGAGAGCUGGCCGCAGCAGAGGGGAACGCCCGUCUACAGACCCAUCGACUACCGACAGGACACCUCGAGGAGGCAAUGGGCCAACUCGAUCCCAGAGCAGAUCUUUGUCAGGACCAUGAUUGGCGCAGGCGUACAGACCAUCGGCCUCACCAACACCUUCUGGAGAAACACAUUUGGACGGUUCGAGGCACUCCGAGGCUUCUUCCGCUACCAGGCCCCGCACGAGCUCUAG